AUGGAAGACGAAACACCUUUAUACGGCAUUGACAAAGAGAUCCAAGCUAAAAUCGACUCCAAAUACUCAGUUGAGCGCGAGCAGCAAGCAAGACAAUGGAUGGAAGAGCUUAUCGGUGAAAAGUUUCCUUCUGAUGAUUUCGCCGAGAGCUUAAAAGAUGGCGUUAUUCUGUGCAAGGUGAUUGGUAAAUUAGUUCCCGGCCAAGGAAAGUUCAAGCAAUCCAAGAUGCCAUUCAUUCAAAUGGAAAACAUUUCGAUAUUCUUAAGGGGCGCUGAAGCCUUGGGCGUGCCAAAGUACGAUCUCUUCCAAACAGUGGAUUUGUUUGAAAAAAAGAACAUGACACAGGUCGUUGACUCCAUCUUUUCGUUGUCGAGAUAUGGAUACAAAGCUGGAACAUCACCCAAUUAUCUUGGCCCAAAACUUGCUGACAAACAAAAACCAACAUACUCACAAGAUGCCGCCAAUGCAGCCAAUGCAACAUUUAACACCUAUCAAUAUGGAUACACUGGCGGUGCAAAUCAAUCGGGAAUGAGCUUUGGCCAGCGUCGUAAUAUUGCAGGCAGCGAUCCUUAUGCUCAAUACAAGUAA